CCGGAGCGCCCAGCUCGCUACAUCCUGGAAGAGCACUGCUUGGCGGAGCGUCCGAGGCUGUCGGUGCCCGGCCCCCAGUGCCUCCAGCGCCCUGCAUUGCCCCCGCGACCCGCGCGUCCUCUGCGCACCCCCGCGGCCGGCUGCCCGGUGGUCGCGUCCUGGCUGGCUCCCCAGAGUCCCUCCCGGCCCUUUAAAUACCGCGUGGGGUUGGGGGGGGGUUGGGGAGCGAGAGGUUGAGGGGUGCGGGCCUGGGGAGCUUCCCCGGGGCUGCUGCGCUGCGUGGCGAGGACACAUCCACACGCCCUGACCGGGCCUCCCUCUCGGGGCUCGGCGCCCAGCUCGGUCCUUCCUCUGUACCCACACCCGAGGGACGCGACAUGCCCUUCAACGGCGAGAAGCAGUGCCUGGGCGAGGACCAGCCCAGUGAUUCCGACUCCUCGCAGUUCCUGGAGAGCCUGGCUUCCCUCAGUGACUCCGAGUGCUCCGGCCAGGGCUUUGCCAGCGACCCCUCCAGCAAAUCCAGCUCUCCUACUUCCUCCAGCCCUCCCAGAGUCCUAGCUUAUGAUGAGGUGAUGGCUGCGGCGAGGAACCUACUAGACUUGACUCUUGCUCAUGAAAUAGCUGUGAACGAGAACUUUGAAGUGAAACAAACUCCUGUCCCUGAGAAUAGCUUGUUUGGCCGAGUGAAGCACAUUGUCCACCAGGCCUUCUGGGACCUCCUGGAAUCAGAACUGAAUGCUGAGCCUCCGGAGUACGAACACGCCAUCAAGCUCUUUGAGGAAAUCCGAGAGAUUCUUCUUUCUUUUCUGACUCACGGUGGCGGCCGGCUUCGCACCCAGAUCUCGGAAGUGUUGGACACAGACCUCAUCAGGCAGCAGGCCGAGCACAGCACCGUGGACAUCCAGGGGCUGGCCAACUACAUCAUCAGUACCAUGGGAAAGCUGUGUGCCCCCACUCGAGACAACGACAUUAAAGAGCUAAAGGUCACCGGCAACAUCGUGGAGGUGCUGAGACAAAUAUUUCACGUCCUGGACCUUAUGAGGAUGGACAUGGUCAAUUUUGCUAUUAGAAGUAUCAGACCAAUUCUUCAACACCAGUUGGUGGAUUAUGAGAGAAACAAGUUCCAGGAAAUUUUAGAAGAAACUCCAGGUGCUCUUAAACAAACUACAGAAUGGAUAAAAGAAUCUCUAGAGGAAGAAUUAGGUUCUCUUUCUGAGACCACUGGAACUCCUGGAGCUGAAGGUACUUCCAAAGCAAGCCUGAGCCCUACAUUGGUGCUAAAUAAAAGUUACUUGAAACUGUUACAGUGGGAUUACCAGAAAAAGGUAUUUCCAGAGACACUCAUAACAGAUGAAGGCCGUCUUCAGGAACUGGCGGAAAAGCUGAAUCAAUUGAAGAUGAUUGCCUGUUUGGCCCUGAUUAUCAAGAACAUGGUGGGUGCUGUUAUAGAAGGCCAGCCCGAGCUUGCCAACAGGUUAAAAAGGAUUUCAGCCGUUCUGCUUGAAGGCAUGAGCAAGAAGACCUUUAACCUGAAGGAAGUCUUGAAUUCCAUCGGUGUCCAGACGUGCGCUGAGGUUAAUAAGACCCUCACCGAGAGAGGCCUGCCUACUUUAAAUGCUGAAAUUCAAGCUAAUCUGGUGGGCCAGUUUUCAAGUAUCGAAGAGGAAGGCAACCCCAUCCGGACAUUGAUUGAUAAACGGGUCCAACUGUACAUGAAAGACCUGCUCUGUCUUCCAAGUCCUCAAAAGUCCCUGCCCCCGGUGCCAGGAGGCCUUGCCAUCAUCCAGCAGGAGCUCGAAGGGCUUGGCUCUCAGUACGCAAACAUCGUGAAUCUCAACAAGCAAGUAUACGGACCAUUUUAUGCCAACAUACUCCGGAAGCUCCUCUUUGGGGAAGAAGUCACAGGGAAGCCAGAUGCGUCAUCACCUACUAACUGAACCGGAACUGACUCUGGCUGAGAGAUUGGAAAUCCAGCAUUCCAGUUCUCAGUCUGUUUCCAUUGGUGGCAUUACAGGUGCGGCACAUUCUGAGACCUGUCCAAGAUGUGGCGUGAGCCUGAGUCUGAGUAAUCCAGUAAGAUUAGCAUCGCAGAAGACAUGCACAGCGUAUAGAGCCUAUCUGCGCACCACUUCAAGUUAGAAAAGCAAAAAAGAAGCGUAGUGAACAGAAAGCAAUUUGUAAUGCAUUGUUACCUAUAUGAUACUUGUAAAUGAAUUCUUUAGCAUUUCUGUCGCUUAUUCAUUCACCCCCAAAGGCAUUGUAUUUUCUCACCUGUUACUAUGAAAGCUAAGGGUUUGGAACAGCUUUUUUUAAAGAGUUAAAAGUUGGGAGAAUAACCAGGUAGGUUGAUAUUCUGAAUAAAUUGUGUGAAGUAUACAUACUUUUGUUGAAAUAUGCAAUUAAUUUUUGUUGUAUAAUGGGAACUUACAUAGUAAGCCCUCAGUUACCACAAAUGUGUGCUAAGUCACAUUUUGUAAUACCAGUUGUCAGUGUUUAGAAUUUAAAUGUAUUAAAUAUUUUACUAUAUAUAAAUUUUAGGUAAAAGCCUAAUUUAGUGCAAAGAGAAAUCUUUUUGAAAAACUUUAUUCCAGAGGUUGGUUUCUGGCAACUUAACCUGCUCUCUGAGAGAAACAUUUUUUUUGUACACAUUUCUUAGUGAAUAUCCUUGUAUUUCUCAGUCCGUUAAUAGGGUUUAUAUAAGAGUUGGCUAUUUUUUGGAGGGGAGGGGUAAAUAAUGCUGCAUGGGUUAAAUGAGUUUAGACAAAAAAAAAAAAAGGGAAGGCAGCAGUAAAAUGAAGACCCCGAGGACCCCUCUUCUCAGCGAAGUUCACAUCUGAAAAAGAAACAGAUGAAUUUUAAUUUUUUGUAAUCCUUUAACUUAGCAGAUGCGCUUGUGCUGAUUAAAUUCUUACCCCGCUGUGACCAAGAUGCCUUCCCAAAUGGCGUCAGCCUUUGCCAUUCUUGAGCAUUUAGACCCACCUUGGCCAAGCUGGCAUCAAUUCCACUGAGACUGCAGAGAAAUCUGCUUGUCUUGGGAAGACACGCUUUUGAAAUUAAGGAAAGGGCCAGACUUUGGAUAGACUCGCUGUCUAGGAAGACUCUACAGUCUCUAAAGAUUCACGGCAGUUUGGGAAAGAGUGCAUAACAAGGCACAGGCUCUUGUUCUCCCUAUCACGGUGCUACCGAAUUAUUUGACUUAGUUCCAGAAAAUGACGGUAUGAAUAAAAUACCUAUAAUCUCUACAUUUUGGAAGAAAUCUGCCAAAAUUUGAGGAAACUGUAUUUCAAUUUUUUUUGUUUGUUUCAAAAUGACCAAUAAUAAAACAGCCAUCCUGUCCUUGUAAGCAAGGUUGUAAGUGGAAUUGUACCACAGAUCACAUCUCGGAUCUUAGAUCCAUCCCUCCGGGCCCCUUACCCUCCACCCUCCCCCAAACUUUGUAUUUCCAUUCUGCACGUCUUCCCACGCUUAGAAACCCUAAGGUGCUUAUGACUUUUAUUUCUAUUUUCUCUUUAGUUGGAAUUUUUAAGUGGAGCCUGGGCUGUUGGGUGGGGCAACAGGAAAAAGUAGUAUGCUGCAUGCUUUUUUUUUUUUUAGUCACUUUCUGAGGCCAACUGUAGAGUUAACAGGAAGACCAGUGGUAUAUAUAUAUAUUUUUGUCAAUAAAAUGGAAUCCAAACGGUCUUCUUAAAUACUCUAUGGUACUGCAAUUGCCAGCAGGGAAACUGCAAACAUCAUUUUUCAUGCAUUGGAAAUGAAGGGCAUUUCUCUCUCUUUUUUUUUAAGUCACAGUAAAUCUCGACAUCUCAAAUCUGGAUUUAGGAAACUGUUUAUUUAGAAUGUUUAAUAUCUUGUAACAUGUGGUUUAUUUGACUUUUACCUAAAUGUUUACUUCUACUUCUGAGGUUUUUCUCAGCGUGGUCUUGUUUUGUAAUAGCAAUUUAAUAAAAUACCGUAAAUACAUUUUUCAUUCUUCUAUUGCUCAACUAUGUAUUGUUUGCACUAAUUCAAUUUGAAAACUUUAAAAAUUGUU